AUGGUGCUCCAACAACACGAGCCCGCGCCAGUCGCGCCUCAGUCCUCCCUAUCGUUCACCCAGGGAUUUCUGCUCGGGCAGCUCUCCGUCGUCCUUCUCCUCGGCGCCUUCAUCAAGUUCUUCAUCUUCGGUGAAGCCCCGCCGCCUCCAUCACGCGGUCUCUCGAACCGCACAACCCACCGCCGCAACAGCUCCGUGUACAGCACCCCUCAGGAUGGCCAGAAGACCCUCCGAGAAAAACCGUCCACCUCCAAUGUUCUACGCCCGGUCCCUGCCUCUGCUACCAAUACCCGCUCGAUCCUCCGCAAGACCUACUACAGCGCCAUCCCUACCAACCCUUCCUCGAAACAUGGCCGCCAUCGGCUGCACCACUCGUCCCACCAGCCCGAGUCGCUGGAUUGGUUCAACGUCUUGAUUGCUCAGACCAUUGCUCAGUACAGACAGACGGCAUAUACACUCAAGGAUUCGCCAACGUCAUCCAUCCUGAGCUCCUUGACGGCGGCGAUGAAUAACCCCGAGAAGAAGCCCUCCUUUAUAGACAAAAUCACGGUGACGGAUAUCUCCCUGGGAGAGGAGUUUCCGAUUUUCAGCAAUUGCCGAAUCAUCGCCGUCGACGACCCCAAUUCUGAUGGCGGGAGGCUGCAGGCCCUGUUAGAUGUUGAUCUCAGCGACGACAACCUCUCCAUCGCCGUGGAAACCUCCAUGGUUCUUAACUACCCGAAGCCGCGUUCCGCCAUCCUCCCAGUUGCUCUUUCAGUCUCGGUAGUUCGUUUCUCAGGAACACUGUGCAUCUCAUUGAUCCCCGCACAAACCGAUCCGCUAAACACUCCGGCUACAUCACCGACACCCCCGGGGGCGGAGACGAAAUUUAAUAGCCCAUACCCAGCCCCUGGCUCCCCAGGCGCCGAGUCACAAGACCAACAACCGCCCAAGAGCAGCCCCAAGAGCAACGUGGCGUUCUCAUUCCUGCCGGAUUACCGGUUGGACCUUUCAGUCCGUUCGCUCAUCGGAUCCCGUAGCCGACUCCAGGAUGUACCAAAGGUCGCCCAGCUAGUCGAGGCACGCGUCCAUGCCUGGUUCGAAGAGCGUGUCGUCGAGCCCAGGGUGCAGGUGGUCGGGUUACCGGAUCUAUGGCCACGCAUGGGACGGACUGGCGUGCGGACCGGUGAAGACUCAGACGCCGGAUCUACAGCACCACCGCGGAGUGCCGGAUCCGGGGACGCUGGAGGGCCCAUUCGGUUCCCCGAUGACCGCGAUCGAGAGCCGGAGGGCUUACGGUUCCGUGGAGGAUUGGAUGCGCGGUUAGGGCUUGGUGGACUGGGUGCUGGUUCGCGCAGCAACAGUUUCAAUGUGGAUAUGGGUGGCCUACGCAGUCCCAGCAUGACACGGCAAGACAGCGCCAGUGGGUUUAGUGACCAGUUGAAUAUGCCUGGUGCCAUGCCGGAACGGACUUCAACGCCCAGGGACUGA